CACUGAACGCUCUCUAGAGUGUAAGCUUCUUGCCUAACGGGUCUGCCGGCCCAAUAAACCGGAUCCCAACUGCCGCGUGCCUUGUAUUGGCGGCUUCUUCUUUAAUCUACAAAAUGCUAAAUGAUUUAUUGGCAUCAUUUAAAGGAGAAGUAAACCAGGUUACAGUACGGAACUGGUGUCCCAGGGCUGCCUACCUACCUACCUACUAACCACAAUGGGUACAGUGAGAAGGUUGCAGAUGUCUCCUUUCUGGCUCUUCUGUCUGCUCUUCAUUGCUGGGUUUGCUUUCAGGUUCCUGUGGAUGAAGGUUCCACCUACCCCCCAAUGGCAUUAUUGGUUGCACACAGCCCCACAUAUUAAUUCUUCCCCUGCUUCAGUGGAGCAAGAACUUCAGACCCUGAUGAAGGUGAUUGAGUGGCCGGUGCCUCCGGGCCCCACAGAGUAUAAUUUCUCCACCAGUCCAUUGACCACAGAGUUCCAGCUGCUGUUCCCACGUGGCGCCUAUUAUGUUGGAGAAUAUGUAGAAGUUCUCAUCACAGCGCGGGACCACGGGGGCCGACCAAAAGCCUACGGAGGGGAUUACUUUCAGGCCAAACUGCACUCCCCAACGCUGAAAGCAGGAGUAACUGGCUCAGUCACAGACCAUAGGAACGGCACCUACACGGCCUCCUUCCUGCUGCUCUGGCCGGGGCAAGUGGAGAUCUCCAUAAGGCUUGUCCAUUCCAGUGAGGCCAUAGCCGUCCUCAAAGACAAGAGGGAGACGCGUCCUGACAAGGUCUACUUCAACGGAUACUUUGAUGGAACCAACGAAACAAUGGAAUGUAAUGUAGAACUGGCAGGAACUGAUAUCUGUGAAUAUCCUGACCCACAGACGGGAGAGUCAUGGUUCUGCAAGAAGCCAAAACAGAUUCCCUGCAACGCAUAUAAGGGACAUUCAUCAGGACCAUCACGAGACAUUCUUACCCCAGAAGAAGCAUCAUUGCUAGAUACGUCUGUAAAGGAGAAGCCGAUUUCAUCCAAAGUUGGAGCAUUUAUGGUGUUGCCCCCAAAAAACAACAACACGGAUUAUAGGGGAAUUUGCUCCUCGGGGCUUCCAAUCCCAGAGCCUUCUGGGUUCUAUUACCAGGACUUGUGGCAGUCCCGUGUCUGCAGGAACAGAGCUUUCCCGACUCCUCCUGACGUUACUGACUGUCUAUCCGGGAAGGUCAUUUAUAUGUUUGGGGACUCAACGACUCAACAGUGGUGGAAUUUUCUGUUGAGUUUUAUUCCAACGCUACAGAGACAAGAGCUCCACAUGAAGCCUCCAGCCCCACAGUUGGCCAUAGACCCAACACAUACAUUUGCAGUACAAUGGCAGGCCCACCAGAAGCCACUGACCAUGCAGUAUUCUGAUAAGGAGGAGUUGCAUUACAUUGCCAAUGAACUGGACAGGAUAGGGGGCAGCAAAGAAGGGCUGGUGGUUGUUAUAAAUUGCUUGGCCCAUUUUGUCUCAUUACCACUUCGAUUUUAUAUCAGGAGACUCCGUACCAUCCGGGAAUCUGUGCUGCGGCUAAUGAAACGGAAUCCAAUAGCCAAGGUCUUCAUCAAGUCUGGUAACACGGGAUACUUGUACACCCACGGCAGUGAUUGGCUGUCCCUUCAGUUGGACACGGUAAUGAGGGCCAUGUUCUCCGGGCUGCCUGUUACUAUACUGGACGCUUGGCAGAUGACUUCCUGCCAUUAUGAGCCCCAUUACCUGCACCCCGGACCGGUCAUUGUAAAGAAUGAGAUUGAUUUAAUGUUGUCUUUCAUUUGUCAAAAAUGAGACUCAUUAGUGGCCAAUAACAUUUCUGCUCAGAGCCUCUGUAGCCAAUGUAAGUGGCGAAAGCCCAAACCCUUGUGUUGUCAGGGGAUUAUCCAGCUACUCAUUGGCUUCCUUGGUUAUUUCUGAUAAGCCAAACGCUUUUCAUUCAUUUCUCCAAAUCAACUGUUGGUUACAGAGGGUUCAAGCUUCCCUGAUGUUUUCUCCAAAUAUUUUUACCCGUUUCUUCUCAGUGGAACCAAGGCACCAACUUCUCAAUGAAUUGGAGUUUUUACACCAGUCAAGACCCAUGGUAUUUUUAAGAGUUGCCCUUUCAAAAUGGCAGCCAUGGCAGGAAUGUUAUUGAGAUUCUAGGGGAAACCCUGCCAAGCAGAAUAAACCCAUAACCUCCCUUGGUAACGUCUUGGUUACUGAACUUCAAGCUAGAGCCUGUACCAACAUACGGGUACCAGCCAUCUCAUGAGCAUCUCCAUAACAUGGGACUCUCUGCAGAAGUGGGUAGGGGUCAUUCCCUUGUACAACACAACGGGGACCUUUCUACGUUCAAUAUUAACAAGCUUUUGUUGGACAUUAAGACUGCCAACCAAUAAACCCAACAUGGACUCAACAUCUACCCAUACAAUGAUCUGGAGGUCUAAUAAGAAGAACAGACACAAAACCACUGAGCAAUCAUAAAGUCCCAAUCUGUUACUGCUUUAUUAUUAUUUUUUUUUUAAGUAAAGAAUACAAAUUU